AUGGUGGUGAUGUUUAUGCUUUUGCUGGAAUGUAAUGGUGAUGAUGGUGUUUUUCUGGAAUUUAAUGGCGGAGAUUCUGGUGGAGGUGGAGGCGCUGUUGGUGGUGGAGGAGCUGUCGGUAGAUAUGGUGUCGGAUCUGUGGGUAGUUGUGGAUGUGAUGUUGGUUUUGUCGGAGGUGGUGGAUCGGAGAAGGAGAAGAAGGGUGGUGGAUCUGUCAGUGGAAGUGAAAUUGGAAAAGGUGGAGGAGGGUGGCGGUGGGGACUUCAAUUUUCUGUCGAUUGUGGUGCUGAUGUUGCUGGUGGAGGAGGAAGAGAAAAAGGGUGGUCGAGUUGUUUGCAGAAGUGA